UCCUCUGCUGCUGUUUAUUCCAUCUUGGAAGAGGCCUAGCUGGACAAAGAAGAGUAGUUAGCAGGAGGCGUGAUGCAGGGGCUGCGUCUGCUUUGCUGGGUGGUUCUCCUGGGCCUGGCUCGGGCCUGUCCUGAGCCCUGUGACUGCGGGGAGAAGUAUGGCUUCCAGAUCGCUGACUGUGCCUACCGAGACCUGGAGGCUGUGCCGCCUGGCUUCCCGGCCAAUGUGACUACAUUGAGCCUGUCGGCCAACCGGCUGCCCGGUUUGCCAGAGGGUGCCUUCGUGGAGGUGCCCCUGCUGCAGUCGCUGUGGCUAGCACACAAUGAGAUCCGCAUGGUGGCUGCCGGCGCACUGGCCCCUCUGAGCCAUCUGAAGAGCCUGGACCUCAGCCACAACCUCAUCUCUGAGUUUGCCUGGAGCAACCUGCACAACCUCAGUGCCCUCCAGUUGCUCAAGAUGGACAGCAACAAGCUGACCUUCAUCCCCCGAGACGCCUUCCGAAGCCUCCGUGCCCUGCGCUCACUGCAGCUCAACCACAACCACCUGCACACGUUGGCUGAGGGCACAUUCUCCCCACUCAUCGAGCUGUCCCACCUGCAGAUCAAUGACAACCCCUUCGACUGUACCUGCGGCAUUGUGUGGCUCAAGACGUGGGCCUUGGCCACAGCUGUGUCCAUUCCAGAGCAAGACAACAUUGCCUGCACUUCUCCCCACGUGCUCAAGGGCACACCUCUGAGCCGCUUGCCGCCACUGCCUUGCUCGGCGCCCUCAGUGCAGCUCAGCUACCAACCCAGCCAGGAUGGUGCUGAGCUGCGACCUGGCUUCGUGCUGGCGCUACACUGUGAUGUGGAUGGGCAGCCGGCCCCCCAGCUUCACUGGCACAUCCAGACACCCGGUGGGACCGUGGAGAUCACCAGCCCCAAUGUGGGCACUGACGGGCGUGCCCUGCCUGGCACCGUGGGGGCCAGCAGCCAGCCUCGCUUCCAGGCCUUUGCCAAUGGCAGCCUGCUCAUCCCCGACUUUGGCAAGCUGGAGGAAGGCACCUACAGCUGCCUGGCCACCAACGAGCUGGGCAGUGCUGAGAGCUCAGUGGACGUGGCGCUGGCCACACCUGGCGAGGGUGGUGAGGAUGCACUGGGGCGCAGAUUCCAUGGCAAAGCUGUUGAGGGCAAGGGCUGCUAUACGGUUGACAAUGAGGUACAGCCAUCAGGGCCAGAGGACAAUGUGGUUAUCAUCUACCUCAGCCGGGCUGGGAGCCCUGAGGCUGCAGUGGCAGGAGAAGGGGCCCUUGGGCAGAGGCUCUCAGGCUUGCUCCUGCUGGGCCAGAGCCUCCUCCUCCUCUUCCUUGCCUCUCUCUAGCCCCUCCAUGACUGGCUGGGCUGGAGCAGCCU